AUAAAGUCGUUAUAGCUAGGAAAUAAAAUGAAUUUGGAGUCUUAUCUGAGAACAAGCAAACCGAAGCGUAUUUCCACCUAUAAAGAAGGCUCUGAUCUGGGCGAUGAGGCAGUAUAAGCCUAUUAAAUGUGGCAAUUGUUGAUAUUCCUGGCCUGCCUGCUGCCUGGCCACCAGGUGCGGGCGGUUUUUCUUGAGGAGUGCAAGGGCGUGAUUAUUAACAAGGUGACGAACGAGAAUCAGGAGUGCAGCGAGUUCGUCCACUGCGAUGGCGACGACUCCUACUACUGCAACGGGGACUGCCGAGAGCCAGUGCAGUGUUACCAAGAAGAGCUCCCUACGGAGGCUCCAGCACCAGUUACCACCAUUAAGCCCAUAGUAACGACCACUGCGAAGCCCCCUUCCGAAGAACCCUCUACCCCGGUAAACACUACCUCCACAACAACCUCCACAGCGACGGACCCACCCACUACUACCACCCCGGUGCCCAGCUCGGACGACAUCCGCGUGAUCUGCAAGACGAGUGGCAGGAACGGGGUCUACCCCUACCCGGCGAACAGCAAUUACUACUAUCAGUGUAUUUCCGGCUACCUUCUGCUCCAGCAGUGCCCCCAGAACUUCCACUUCGAGGCUUCGCAGGGACAGUGUAUUUCCAGCAAGCCAUAUCGCUCAUCGGGCUUCCACCUGUAAGAUUGGUCGCGGAGUGUGCAAUAAAGCUAUCAAACCGUGUUCUUAG